GCUCACGACAGCGUGAGCGUCACGCAGAAGAACAUCACAUAGCCGCUCAGUCAACUUGUUGUGUGCAAGUAUUUUGAACACAAUAAACAUACCGAAGCUGUCACUCGAACGUUUCAGACGGAUGAAACCAAUGGCGGUGGAAAUAGUUGUAUUUUGUUACUGAUUGUUGAGCGUUUUUUGUUUGUUUGUGUAAAUAUCUUGUGAACAGUGAUUGAAUAAUGAAACCGUCUGGACGGGGGAAAUUGUUUGCAGCACUCAAUCGAGCCAGGGCUGAAUUGGAACAAGAAAGGGCUGAAACGUCGUCGGUUGUAUCAGCUGCUUCAAGUUCGGCAGGCAAUGGAAUUCAAAGCUUUCCACGGGGAGCUGGUCGAGCAAGACUUUUCAGACCAGAACUGUUGAACGCGCCAAAUCUGAAUGAAGCUGCAGGUCCCUUAACUAGAUCCAGCACACCCUCCGAUUCUGGCAUUGCAUCAGUGAGCAGCGAUCAUUCAACUGAUUCGAAUGCAUCAGAAAUGAAGGUGCAAAAACGCGGAACAAAAGGCAAUCCGAUUUCGCUAGCAGUAAAUUAUAUUCUGAUCAAAUGCCAACCAGAUGUAUCGAUCUUUGAAUAUGAUGUGCGCUUCGAGCCAAAUAUCCAUUCAAACAUGAUUCGCCGCAGCUUACUGGCCAGUGCGAUAAAACCAGUGAUGUCUGUUUUUACAUUUGACGGCACUUCUCUUUAUUUGCCUCGUCAAUUCCCCGAAAAUGUGACAAUUUUCAAAACAAAUAAUCGAAAUGACGGCAUGCCGAUCGAAGUGAUUAUUUCAUUUCGUCGUCAAAAACCGAUGAAAGAAUGUAUUCAUUUCUAUAAUGUGCUUUUCAAGCAAGUUAUGCUACGACUGGAGUAUGUUCAAUUUGGGCAGAAAAUGUUCGAUCCAACCGAACCGAAAACGAUUCCUCAUCGUCAAUUGACGAUUUGGCCGGGCUAUGCUCUCGCCUGCGACGAAUACGAUGAAGGUUUGAUGCUGACGCUGGAUACAUCACAUCGAGUUCUGUUCGAUACCAAAGUGUCCGAUUUGAUGCGAAGGAUUCGAAUGAGCUGUGAUCAACAUUCCGGCCAAAAUUUCAAGGAUUUAGUUUAUAAGAGCCUUUUGGGUGCCAUUGUACUGACUCCGUACAACAACAAGACGUACACCAUCCAUGAGAUUGACUUUGAGCAAACGCCAAUGAAUAAAUUCAAAGUGGCGAACAAUCGCGAAGUGACUUACGUUGAAUAUUAUAAAACAAACUAUGGUGUUGAUAUUCAGGAUAUUAAUCAACCACUGCUGAUCUCGUACAAAGACCGCAAAAUGAUAGCAAAAAAUGGACGCGUGCAACAAGAUCAAAUUACAAUUUGUUUAAUCCCAGAACUGGCACAGCUCACUGGCUUAACGGACGAGAUGAGAAAAGAUAAUAUGGUCAUGAGAGACAUAGCAUCUUGCACCAGAUUAACGCCAAAUCAGCGAGUCGAUGCGGCACGAAAGUAUAUUGCCAAGGUGAAUGAAACGCCAUCGGCCAGGGAGGUUUUGGAUAAAUGGGGCUUGCGGUUGAGUGAUGAUAUACUUCGGUUGCAAGGUCGUCAAUUACCGUUGGAGGAGAUAAAAUUUGGUGCAGAUAAAAGUAUAACGGGCGUAACUGGUGACUUUCAAGUGGGCAACAACAUUUUGUUUGAGGUUGUCGAUUUGAAUAAUUGGAUUUUAAUGUAUACAAAGCCCGACAAUCGAUACAAGGAAGAAUUCCUAAAUCAGGUUGGUCGAUGUGCAAACGGAAUGGGUUUGCAUUGGCAACGACCUAUUCAACAUAUGCUUCCAGAUGAUCGAAAUGAUACCUAUGCGAAAGAGUUGCGUAAGCUAUUGCAGCCAGACACACAAAUGGUUGUGUUCAUUUGUCCGACGUCACGGGACGAUCGCUAUGCCGUGAUCAAAAAAAUCUGUUGCAGUGAGCGUCCCGUUGCCUCGCAGGUCAUCAAUUCAAGGACAUUGGCCAAUCAACAGAAGAAUCGGUCAAUUGUGCAGAAGAUUCUCAUGCAGAUGAAUUGCAAAUUGGGCGGUUCUCUUUGGUCCAUCCGCAUUCCAUUUAGGAAUGUCAUGAUUUGCGGCACCGACACUUAUCAUAAUCCAAACAAGAGGGAAAAUUCAGUAGCUGCAUUUGUGGCAUCGCUGAACGGGACCUACACAAAAUGGUACAGCAAAGCAACAAUUCAAUCAAAUCGCGAAGAACUUCUGCACGGCCUCACCGUUUCCAUGGAAAACGCACUGAAUGCAUACAAAAAACGCAACGGAGUCUGUCCAGAUCGGAUCGUUUUGUAUCGUGAUGGUGUGGGAGACGGGCAGUUUGCACUGUGUAGAGAGUUUGAAGUAUCACAAAUAAAAGCAGCGUGCCGUCUAUGUGAUGCGAGCUACAAUCCGGAAAUUACAUUCAUUGUCGUUCAGAAACGUGUGAAUACCCGGAUUUUUGCGGUCGACGAAGGCAGGAAUAAUUUCGACAAUGCACCACCCGGAACAGUUUUGGAUCAUUCGGUUACACGUCGUGGCUUAUUCGAUUUUUAUUUGGUAUCCCAGAAAAUGAGGCAUGGAACUGUAACGCCCAGUCAUUAUGUGGUCAUUAAAAAUGAAUGCAAUUUGACUGCAGAUAUUUUGCAACAGCUCAGUUAUAGGCUAACGUAUCAAUAUUUCAACUGGCCUGGUUCGAUACGAGUGCCAGCCCCGUGCCAAUACGCUCAUAAAUUGGCCUAUUUGGUUGGCGAGUCCAUUAAACGAGAAACGUCGGAAAUAUUAGAAGAUAGGUUGUUUUACUUAUAAACUGCAUCCCGAUUUCGUAUAAUCCAUAGAAUGUAUAGUUUAUUCAAAUACAAUCGGUUGACUCAUUUUGAAGUUUUUUCAUGCAUUGAACAAAUCCCUUACAUUCAUUCAUACUCUGAAGAGUUCAAUAUUUUUUAAGUGAAAAUCUGUCUUUAAUUCUUCGUAAAAUCUUAUAUAAAUCGUGCAAAAAGAAAAUAAAUGAACAAAAACCAACGAAAA